GCGCACUACGCACAGUGGCGCAUCUUAGUGUGGUACAGCCCCCACAGCACCUGCUGAUGUAUAGUGAUUCGGUUCCCUUUAAAUAGCUCAAACCUCAAAGUUACCCAAUUUCCGAAAAUCCUUACCCAUUUCUCACUUUCUCACUUCUCAGGGAUCAAUCAACCACCACAACAAGGGAUCUUUGGAAGGUUAACUAUCCUCAUUGAGGCAGCAACAACCUAAUACACUGUAAAGAUGUAUUUCGAUGGAUAUGGGUAUCAUGGAACCUCAUUUGAGCAGACAUAUCGAUGUUACUCUGCAUCAUUUAUUGAAAAGCCACAACUUGAGAGUGGGGAUAAAAUUAUAAUGCCUCCCUCAGCCCUUGACCGUCUUGCGUCUCUACAUAUUGAUUAUCCUAUGCUGUUUAAGCUUCAGAAUGACUCUGCAAAUAAAGUCUCACACUGUGGUGUCUUGGAGUUUAUUGCUGAGGAAGGCAUGAUAUAUAUGCCUUAUUGGAUGAUGCAAAAUAUGCUCUUAGGAGAGGGAGACUUUGUGCGUGUGAAGAAUGUGACUCUUCUGAAGGGGACAUAUGUUAAAUUGCAACCCCAUACGAAGGACUUUUUGGACAUUUCUAACCCUAAAGCUAUUUUAGAGACGACACUGAGAAAUUUCUCCUGUUUAUCGACUGGCGAUAGUAUUAUGGUUGCUUAUAACAACAAGAAGUAUUACAUAAAUAUAAUAGAAACAAAGCCAGCUGACGCUAUAAGUAUAAUUGAGACGGACUGUGAAGUGGACUUUGCCCCACCGUUGGACUACGUUGAACCUGAAAGGCCUGUUCAACAUGUUCCUAUAAACAAGGCAUCUGCUCAAGCUGAAGAGGCCCCUGUUGAAGAAGAACCUAAGUUUAACCCUUUUACCGGGUCAGGUAGGCGCUUGGACGGGAAACCUUUGAAGACUCAACCUGCACCGGCUUCUUCUUCAGGGUCAAAAGACAAGCAUCCUGUUGUUGCCCAUGGUAAGGCACAACCUUCCACAGGGUCUAGUUCUCAAGCUACUGCUCGUCAAUCUCAAGGAAAGCUUGUUUUUGGACCGAAUCGUACACCUUCACAGAAGGAAGCUCCCAAGGAAACGAAAAAACCAGAGGCGGAGAAGAAAGAAGAGCCUAAAUUCCAGCCUUUUACAGGGAAGAAGUACUCAUUAAGGGGCUAAUUAAGACAAUGAAAUGAUAAACAAACAGUCAAUGAUAGUUGUGAGCCCUUGAUUAGAACACAGUUAUGUAUUUAAUCUGUCAUUGUAUUAAUCAAAAGAUGAAACAACACUCUCUAGAUUUCAUAUGGAGACAGGUUCAACUGUUUUCUGGUUGUAUGAUUUUUACAAUGAUUUUCCUCAUUAAAAUUGCAUUUCAUGAACACUUGAUCAAAACAUGUAAUGCUCCUUUGGUUAUGUCAUUGGCAUCAUACUUUCCUCAA